UAAAAUUUAGUUUCUUAUUGUCUCGAAUUACUUCCCAAGCUUUCUUACAAAUUUUAGUAAUUUUUCGAAUUAGGUAAAAAUAUUCCCUAGAAUAAGAAAGAAAGAAAGAGCAACUAAAUUUUACAUUUCUAAAAAUUACUUAGAAAUAUGGCUGUAGGAAACAAAGAUGAUGAAUAUGAUUAUCUUUUCAAAGUUGUCUUGAUAGGAGAUUCAGGAGUAGGUAAAAGUAAUCUAUUGUCUCGAUUCACAAGGAAUGAGUUCAAUCUAGAGAGCAAAACAACAAUUGGAGUUGAAUUUGCUACAAGGAGUAUAACAGUGGAGAAGAAGAGGAUCAAAGCUCAGAUAUGGGACACAGCAGGCCAGGAACGUUACAGAGCCAUCACGAGCGCAUAUUACAGAGGAGCCCUGGGCGCUUUGCUGGUGUACGACAUAACGAAACAUCUGACGUACGAGAAUGUGGAGAGAUGGCUGAAGGAGCUGAAGGACCACGCAGACGAGAACAUCGUCAUCAUGCUGGUCGGCAACAAGAGUGACCUGAAACAUUUGAGGGCUGUCCCUACAGAUGAGGCUAAACGUUUUGCAGAAAGAAACAACCUAUCAUUCAUUGAGACCUCAGCUCUGGAUUCCUCGAACGUUGAUGAUUCCUUCAAACACAUUCUUACUGCUAUUUAUAAGAUGCUCUGUGAAAAGCAGAUGAAUGACCAAACUAGUGACACAAUCAUGGAAACUUACAGCGCCCACAAAGUGUCUCUGCCUUACAACCAGAGUAAUAACACUAAAAAAUCGUGCUGUUGAUCAUGACUCACCCCUAUUUUUUGUCUACUAUUAUAUGCAUACUGUGCAUAUAUCUAUCUACUCUAUACAACUACAUGCAUUAUUCAUUAUUUAUUCUUUUUUGAUCAUUUUAAUGACAUUAUUUAGCGUUACAUUUCAUUUCA